AUGUCUCCUAGAUUAUACCGCACAGAGGCUAGUAUGAUGCCAGUUAAGUUUCUUCAUUGUUCCCCGUCCGCAUAUGCAAAGCGAGUAAACCCUGAAAUGGCUCAUCGAUCUAACCCCUUGAAAAUCGUAGCUCGGCUACCGAGCGCUAAAAGAGGCGGCAUAGCCGGCGCCUGCCACAUCGCCAUCGGCGCUGCCGUACAGCCUCAGCGCUUUCGUUUGACGCUUGCGCUCGAGUCGUGGAGCCGCGUUCUUCUUCCAGCGGCACCUCUGAAAGGGCAGUCGCUGAUGAGCGCCAAGGCUGUGAUACUAGUAGGAGGCGGGUCCAAGGGCACGCGCUUUCGCCCGUUAUCCUUUGACCUGCCGAAGCCGUUGAUCCCUAUCGCGGGAAAGCCGAUGAUCCUGCAUCACCUCGAACGAUUGGCACAGGUCCCUGGGCUCUUCGAAGUGAUUCUUCUCGGGUUUUACGACGAGAGUUUGUUCUCAGACUUCGUGCAGAACGCCUCGAACCACUUGGGUAUUGGUGUGCGAUACCUGCGCGAAGAGAGCUCCCUAGGCACAGCCGGCGGGAUCUGGCGCUACCGCGACGCUAUUCGCUCUGGCUCUCCCGAGGUGCUCUUCAUAUUACACUGCGACAUAGCCUCCAGCUUUCCUCUCAACGAUAUGCUGGCGUUUCAUCGCAAACACGGCAAACCACUAACUGUGCUGGGAAAGACGGUGCCUCCUUCCGGGGACGCAAGAGCGUACGGAUGCAUGGUGAAGCACCCCGAUACCUGCGAACUCUUGCACUAUGUAGAGAAACCCGAGACUUGGGUAAGCAACCUGAUCAACUGUGGUAUCUAUAUCGCAACGACAGGUUCAUUUUAUGAACUUCUGGAGAAGACGUGUGUAGAGUGCAGUCGCUGGGCGCUCACUGAGAACGCGAGCGGUGGAAGCCUUUUUAGCGUUAGCGAGAGCGACUGCAACCAUAUCAGACUCGAGCAGGAUGUUAUCAUGCAUUAUGAGGGUCGGAAAGUUAUAUAUAUUUACGAGCACAAAGAUUUUUGGUGUCAGAUCAAGGAACCGGCCGCUGCGCUGCUUGCCUCGAAACUUUAUCUGGAGCACUAUGCUGAGGUGCAUCCCGAGCAGCUUGCGGAUCAUGCUUACCGCCCGGAGGCAUUAGCCUCCAGGCUCUUUACCAAGAGCACUGACGACCUAGGCCGUGGUUCAGUGACAAUGAGUAGUACGAGUCCUACAUUUGUAGGCGCUGUUUUCGUACACUCGACGGCCCGGGUGGCGUCGUCAGCGAAAGUGGGACCCAACGUUUCCAUUGGAGCUGGCUGCGUGAUUGGUGCAGGCGUUCGCCUUCAGCACUGCAUCAUCCUAGAAGAUUGUGUAGUUAGAGAGCAUGCGUAUAUCGCAAACAGCAUCAUCGGCUGGUCGUCGGUCAUUGGGCCCUGGGCUCGUGUCGAGGGUGACGGCAUCGAGUCCGAGGCCGGACGUGUCAGCGUCCUCGGAUCGCAUGUCGAGUGCGACGGCGGCGUUGUGAUUCGCAACUGCAUUGUGCUGCCUCACAAGACCUUGUCGACCUCUGCAUCCGGUCAGAUCAUUCUCUAG